GGAAGCAGAAGUGACUUUCCUAGGCGUGCUGGGAAGCCGCAGCUGUGCCCGCAGCGGGAGACGCACGAAUUUAUCCGCUUGCAACCUCAACCGAGGAAGAAGAUGCUAAUUAAAGUGAAGACGCUGACCGGAAAGGAGAUUGAGAUUGACAUUGAACCCACAGACAAGGUGGAGCGAAUCAAGGAGCGCGUAGAGGAGAAAGAGGGAAUCCCGCCACAACAGCAGCGGCUCAUCUAUAGUGGCAAACAGAUGAAUGAUGAGAAGACAGCAGCUGACUACAAGAUUCUAGGUGGUUCUGUCCUCCACCUGGUGUUGGCUCUGAGAGGAGGAGGUGGUCUUAGGCAAUGAUGAGUCUUCCUUCCACUGCCCCUCCUUACCCUGUCGCUCAUAGUGAAGUGUAUAUUCUGUCACUGGCUGGGACACCCGAGCCGUUGCCCCCGUCUUGGCUGCCCAGUCGUGUGUGUCUACUGGUGGGACACCGUGAGGACCCCAGGAUGCAGUGUUCCUGGCCCAAAGGGCCCUCGCUGGCUAUUGGGUUUUAGUUUGCAGUCCUGUGCGCUUCCCUUUCUCAUGGCUGUGUCCCUGGUUGUCAAUAAAAUAUGUCCUAGCCUCCUA